AUGAAGGACUGCAAACAGGCCGCAGACAUUAAGGACAAUGUGUGCUGGCGUUGUGGGUCCAAAGACCACAGCAUGAAUCAGUGCACGGUCGCCACGGACGCCACAAAUCCCACUCCCUUCGCCACCUGCUUCGUCUGCAAAGAAACGGGACACACCUCCAGCAAGUGCCCACAAAAUCCUAAGGGAAUCUACCCGAAUGGUGGCAGCUGCUUCCACUGCCAGUCGGUCCACCACAUCGCCAAGAACUGCCCCAUGAAUGACGACAAGAGAAUCCAGAAAAGAGAAAAUCGUAAAGCCAAAAGACAACGGACAUCCGAAGAACCCGAGACGGAAACUAAGAAAAGGAAACACGCCGCGGAUGAUGACCAAAAAGAUGACACCAAUACCGACGCAACCUCCGAGGCCGACACUGUCCCUUCUGACAGUGAGAUAGUCUCUGAGCAAGGCUCGGACUCCGAGCAGGUUUCUGGCUCGGAGCAGAGUUCUGGCUCGGAGCAGGGUUCUCGCUCGGAGCAGGGCUCUGGCUCGGAGCAGGGCUCUGGCUCGGAGCAGGGCUCUGGCUCGGAGCAGGGCUCUGGCUCGGAGCGGGGCUCUGGCUCUGAGCAGGGCUCUGACUCUGAGCAGGGUUCCGGUUCUGAGGAAGGCUCUGACUCUGAAUCAAAUGCGGGGGUAACUCAGAUUAGUGCUGAGGAGGGUGCUUCGAGCACCGAAUCGGAUCGCGAGCCCACGGGAGCCCUGCCCGAUUCGGGAUCGGACGAUGACGACAGUUCUGAUGGUGGCUCGAGCUCUGACGGUGAUUCAAGCGGCGACUCGGACUCCCAAGAAGAGGGCCUCCAGGUCUCCAGAAAGUCGGAGUCGGAAGAAAACGCGACGGAGACGGAUGGCUCAGGUUCUGACACGGAUGGCUCGGGUUCGGAGACGGACGGGUCGGAGGCUGAUUUAGCGCGCAAUUCGGACGGCGAGGGCAAAACAAGCAAAGUAGCGGCCGAGGAUUCAGACUCAUCUGAGGAUGAGCAAAUGGAGGCCGUGUCACUGUCGGACUUGGAUGCUGAGUCUGACGCCGCGAUCAUGUCCAGUGGUGAGAGUUCCCAGGAGACUCCUGACAUGGAAGUUAGAGCCUCUGAGGGUCAUGAAUCGGAAGGUGGAGACUCGGAAGGUGGAGACUCGGACAGUCGAGACGGCUGUGAAAGUCAAGACUCCGACAAUGAAAGUGGAGACUCUACUCCGGAAGAGGACGCUGGAUCGAGUAGGAGUUCUAGCUCGGACUCUGAGUCCAAGUCCACUCUCCACAAGAAUUGGAUGCAAGCCAUCGCGGAGAAGGCGGAGCUGUCGGAGGAGGAUAUGUCCAGCGAUGGCGAACAGCCGGACGUUCGCAUGACAUCCGACGGUGGGUCUGCCAGCGCCCCUUCGGGCGCGGAUAACUCGGACUCGAACUCCGACAACUCGGAGGACGGUGAGUCUCAAGACGGCAGCGACAGCAAUGAUGAUUCUGACAAUGAUUCUGGUAACGGGAGUGAUGCAAAAGUAAGAAGCGGCCCUCGCUCACUCGGUCGUGGCCGUGGUGAUGGUCGUGGUCGAGGCGGUCGCGGCCGCGGUGGAGACCGUGGCCGAGGCGGAGACCGUGGCCGAGGCGGAGACCGUGGCCGAGGCGGGGACCGAAGCUUCUUUUCUGGGGACUCCCACAGAGGCUCCAGAGGAGGCCGCGGCGGCGCCAGGGGCCGUGGCGGCUCCAGAGGUCGUGGCGGGGACCGUGGCCGUGGUGGGUCGAGAGGACGCGGCAGCUCCAGAGGAUUCCGAGGCGGCAGAGGUCAGAGGUUCGACUAA